CAAAAAAGUCAACAAACAAAACAUUUUUGCUUUAAAAGUUUUAAUGUUUUGAUUUAAGCAUGAUUUGCCGUUUGUGCCUGAACAACGCCAACGAUUCGGAUACUAUACGGAUUUUCGAAGACGAUGGACUUUCCCUAAAUGUGGCUAAUGUGCUGGCCAAAUACUUUUGGUUUGAGCCUAAAAGCGAUGAUCCUAUAUCCACGGUGAUUUGUUUGACCUGCUGGAAUCAGGUGAACGAUUUCCACCAGUUCUAUGGUGAGGUGGAAAGAGCACAUCGUUUGCUUACGGAAAGGUUUUCGCUGAAAUCUGGCCAGGAUCAGGGAAAAGUAGAGCCGGGUGAGGACUUUAAUCUUCCGGAGGAUGAGCAAGAUGAGGAUCAGGAGGUGGGCUUACCCGCCAGCGAUUACGAAAGUGGUUCCUUCAACAACGAGCAGUUUCUCAGCGAUGUCAUCGCACAGCAGGAGGAGCAAGAGAAAUCCAAGCCUCUAGAAGAGGACUUAAUUAAGGAGGCAUCGGAACCAGUGCCGGACCUAGAGAACCUCCGAGAUCCCGUACCCACCAUACCCAGAGAGGAACGGAGAGAGACACGAUCCACCACCAAGAGUAAAUCGCAUCAGGCAAUAAGUCCUGCUCCUCCGCCACCACCAGAAAAAACUAAACCUCCUGCGACAAAAUCCAGAGCCAAGAAAAACGCCUGCAAGCCAGAAGCAACCUUGAAAAAAACCAAACGCUAUGCGGACUACAAACAGAGCAUGUUGGAAAUCGAUGCCAAGAUCUCUGCCCAUAUGCGACUCACCUGCGAUGUGUGCCACGAGGGUCAGGAAACAUAUUUGCUCCUCUGCAAGCACAUGAUGCAGGAGCACCAUCGCAAGGGGUAUGUCAUCUGCUGCAACAAGAAGUUCUACAAGCGCUCCUUCCUCACCGAUCACAUCGAUCGUCAUGCCGAUCCCGAGAAGUUUAAAUGCACUCAUUGCGACAAGCAUUUCGCAGACAAGCAGUGUCUGAGAAACCAUGAGCUGUUGAAGCAUCAUCCGGAGGAGGAGAAGACCUUUAUGUGCGAGCAGUGUCCCAAGAGAUACACCAAGCAGUAUUUAUUGGAUCAGCACCGCGUUAUUCACAAGGAGCGUAAUGUGGUGUGCGAUCUCUGCGAGAGGAGGUUUCCCAACCAAUCCUUGCUCUGCACGCACGUCAAGAUGGCCCAUGGCAACUACGGCACUAUGUGCGACAUCUGCGCCCAGGUCAUUCGUGGUCGAGCGGCCUUUCAGCGCCAUCAGUUGGAGCAUGCUGGAGUCACCGAACCCAAGGUGCAGUGUGAUAUCUGUGGAUCCUGGCACAAGAACAAACACAGCCUCAAGAAGCAUGUGCGACGACACAAUGGCACCGCAGCCACCUGCGACCUUUGUGGAAAGGUAUCGCCCAACCGCAGCGCCAUGCUCAGUCACCAGCGGUACGUGCAUCUCACGGAUAGGAAGCACGAGUGCAGCGUGUGCGGAAAAGGCUUCAAGAAGGCCAUUACGCUGAGGGAACAUAUGACCACGCACACGGGCGAGGUUCUCUACAAAUGUCCCCACUGCCCAAAGACUUUCAACUCGAAUGCAAAUCAGCACACACACCGCAAGAAGUGUCAUCCCAAGGAGUUCGAGGAGGCGCGAAAGGCACGCUCCGAGAAACGAAAAGCCAUUAAUGAGGAAGCGCCCAGCAUUCUGACCAUCUCAACGGGCGAGGAUGGAGGUGAAACCACACACAGCAUUAUCUUGGCGAACAGCGACGUGGAUCUCAAGGCCGACACCAUCGAGUUCACCCUGUGUCUUAGUCCCGAUACCACAGAUUGAAAAAC